AGGCAAGCCCCUUUAGAGUUGCCAAUAACGGCCAUGGCUGCGGCCCCUGGAGGAGGGGACGUGAAGUGAGGAGGGGGCUGGGAGGGGAGAGGACGCGGGCGAGGAAGACGGGCCGCCGGGCCCUGGUCUUCUAUGGGUAAUUUUCCUGGACUUCUGCCUGACUCCUCUUGAAGAGGCUUGUUGCAGGCCCCCAAAAGAACUGCCCUAAUCAGCAUGUUAGUGCUUUCUCUAAGAGGAGUCACCUGACACCAAACCAGAUUACUCAGUGUCACUCUUUACCCAAACACACCCUGGCCUGAGAUCACUAAAGUUGUGUUGGCUGCCAGGAUGGAAGGAUGCUGUGACUGUAACAGACUCACUGGGGAUUGUACAUGUUGUGGAGGAGCCUUCCUUUUGGGGGUGACCACAUUCAUCUGGGCAUGCCUGCAGUACUCUGGGCUCAUGGACCUGAAGGAGAAGCAUCUGGCCGAGCCCCCCGUGGCCCUGGGCCUGUCCACCAGGAAGGCCCUCAGCAUCCUGAAGGAGCAGCUGGAGGCGGUGCUGGAAGGACGCCUCAAAGAGCAGAAGAAGCGUCUGACGUGGAAGGAGGUGUGGAGAAGCAGCUUCCUGCACCACAGUAAUCGCUGCUCCUGUUUCCACUGGCCCGGGGCCUCGCUCAUGCUGCUGGCCGUGCUGCUGCUGCUGGGCUGCCACGGGGGCCAGCCGGCUGGGAGCUUUGGGGUGGAGCUGGUGAAUGCCUCUGCGUUGUUCCUCUUGCUGCUUCUCAACCUCGUCCUCAUCGGGCGGCAAGAUCGGCUCAAGCGACGGGAGGUCGAGCGGAGGCUCCGAGGGAUCAUUGACCAAAUCCAAGAUGCCCUUAGGGAUGGCAAGGAGAUCAAGUGGCCGAGCGCCAUGUAUCCAGACCUCCACAUGCCCUUUGCACCGUCCUGGUCCCUGCACUGGGCCUACCGAGAUGGACACCUGGUCAACCUGCCAGUUAGCCUGCUGGUAGAAGGAGACAUCAUAGCUCUGAGGCCUGGCCAGGAAUCAUUUGCUUCUCUGAGGGGGAUCAAGGAUGAUGAGCACAUUGUCUUGGAGCCAGGAGACCUCUUCCCCCCUUUUUCCCCACCCCCCUCGCCCCGGGGAGAAGUGAAGAAGGGGCCACAGAACCCCCAGCAGCACCGGCUCUUCCGCGUCCUUGAGACCCCUGUGAUUGACAACGUCAGAUGGUGCCUGGACAUGGCCCUGUCGCGCCCAGUCACUGCCCUGGACAACGAGAGGUUCACAGUGCAGUCGGUGAUGCUGCACUACGCCGUGCCUGUGGUCCUGGCUGGCUUCCUUGUCACCAAUGCCCUGCGCUUCAUGUUCAGUGCCCCUGGGAUCACUUCCUGGCAGUACACCCUGCUCCAGCUGCAGGUGAAUGGCGUCUUGCCCAUCCUCCCCCUACUCUUCCCAGUUCUCUGGGUUCUGGCAACUGCCUGUGGAGAGGCCCGAGUCCUGGCACAGAUGAGCAAGGCCUCGCCCAGCUCCCUGCUGGCCAAGUUCUCAGAGGACACGCUUAGCAGCUAUACAGAAGCCGUCUCCUCCCAGGAAAUGUUACGCUGCAUUUGGGGCCACUUCCUGAGGGUGAUCCAGGGGACGUCGCCAACCCUGAGCCACAGUUCCAGCCUGCUGCACAGCUUGGGCUCUGUCACGGUCCUGUGCUGUGUAGACAAACAGGGGAUCCUGUCCUGGCCAAACCCCAGCCCAGAGACCGUGCUGUUCUUCAGUGGGAAGGUGGAGCCCCCUCACAGCAGCCACGAGGACCUAACGGAUGACCUGUCCACCCGCUCCUUCUGCCAUCCUGAGGUAGAGGAGGAGCCCCGUGAACGAGAUGCCCUCCUGGCUGGCUCCCUGAGCAACACCCUACACCUUUCCAACGAGCAGGAGCGUGGCGACUGGCCUGGCGAUGGUCCCAAGGCCCCCGAGCCCUACUCUCACCACAAGGCGCAUGGCCGCAGCAAACACCCCUCCGGCUCCAAUGUGAGCUUCAGCAGGGACACUGAGGGCGGGGAAGAAGAGCCUAGCAAGCCCCAGCCUGGGAUGGAGGGUGACCCCUAUGAGGCGGAGGACUUUGUGUGCGACUACCACCUGGAGAUGCUGAGCCUGUCCCAGGACCAGCAGAAUCCCUCCUGCAUCCAGUUUGAUGACUCCAACUGGCAGCUGCACCUCACCUCCCUCAAGCCCCUGGGCCUCAAUGUGCUGCUGAACUUGUGUAAUGCCAGUGUCACCGAGCGCCUGUGCCGGUUCUCAGACCACCUGUGCAACAUCGCCCUGCAGGAGAGCCACAGCGCCGUGCUGCCUGUGCACGUGCCCUGGGGGCUCUGCGAGCUUGCUCGCCUCAUUGGCUUCACUCCUGGGGCCAAGGAGCUCUUCAAGCAGGAGAACCACUUGGCACUGUACCGUCUCCCCAGCGCUGAGGCGGUGAAGGAGACCUCGCUGGGGCGACUCUCCUGUGUCACCAAGCGGCGUCCUCCCCUCAGCCACAUGAUCAGCCUCUUCAUCAAGGACACCACCACUAGCACAGAACAGAUGCUGUCCCAUGGGACGGCCGACGUGGUCUUGGAGGCCUGCACAGACUUCUGGGAUGGAGCUGACAUCUACCCUCUCUCAGGAUCCGACAGAAAGAAAGUGCUGGAUUUCUACCAGCGAGCCUGCCUGUCUGGUUAUUGCUCUGCCUUCGCCUACAAGCCCAUGAACUGUGCCCUGUCCUCUCAGCUCAAUGGCAAGUGCAUUGAGCUGGUACAGCUGCCUGGCCAGAGCAGCAUCUUCACCCUGUGUGAGCUGCCCAGCACCAUCCCCAUCAAGCAGAACACCCGCCGCAACAGCUGGAGCUCUGACGAAGGGAUCGGGGAGGUGCUGGAGAAGGAAGACUGCAUGCAGGCCCUGAGCGGCCAGAUCUUCAUGGGCAUGGUGUCCUCCCAGUACCAGGCCCGGCUGGACAUUGUGCGCCUCAUCGACGGGCUGGUCAAUGCCUGCAUUCGCUUCGUCUACUUCUCCUUGGAGGACGAGCUCAAAAGCAAGGUGUUUGCAGAAAAGAUGGGCCUGGAGACAGGCUGGAACUGCCACAUCUCCCUCACACCCAAUGGGGACAUGCCUGGCUCCGAGAUCCCCCCCUCCAGCCCCAGCCAUGCAGGCUCCCUGCAUGAUGACCUGAAUCAGGUGUCCCGAGAAGAUGCAGAAGGGCUCCUCCUCAUGGAGGAGGAGGGUCAUUCGGACCUCAUCAGCUUCCAGCCUACGGACAGCGACAUCCCGAGCUUCCUGGAGGACUGCAACCGGGCCAAGCUGCCCCGGGGCAUCCACCAGGUGCGGCCCCACCUGCAGAACAUUGACAACGUGCCCCUGCUGGUGCCCCUCUUCACCGACUGUACCCCUGAGACCAUGUGUGAGAUGAUAAAGAUCAUGCAGGAGUAUGGGGAGGUGACCUGCUGCCUGGGCAGCUCUGCCAAUCUGCGGAAUAGCUGCCUCUUCCUCCAGAGCGACAUCAGCAUUGCCCUGGACCCCCUGUACCCAUCCCGUUGCUCCUGGGAGACCUUUGGCUACGCCACCAGCACUAGCAUGGCCCAGGCCUCGGAUGGCCUUUCUCCCUUGCAGCUGUCUGGGCAGCUCAACAGCCUGCCCUGCUCCCUGACCUUUCGCCAAGAGGAGACCAUCAGCAUCAUCCGGCUCAUCGAGCAGGCUCGGCACGCCACCUAUGGCAUCCGUAAGUGCUUCCUCUUCCUGCUUCAGUGCCAGUUGACGCUCGUGGUCAUCCAGUUCCUUUCUUGCCUAGUCCAGCUGCCACCGCUCCUAAGCACCACUGACAUCCUGUGGCUGUCCUGCUUUUGCUACCCUCUGCUCAGCAUUUCUCUGCUGGGGAAACCACCCCAUAGCUCCAUCAUGUCGAUGGCAACAGGAAAAAACCUCCAAUCCAUUCCCAAGAAGACCCAGCACUACUUCCUGCUCUGCUUCCUGCUCAAGUUCAGCCUCACCAUCAGCUCCUGCCUCAUCUGCUUUGGCUUCACACUGCAGAGCUUCUGCGACAGCUCCCGAACCCGCAACCUCACCAGCUGCUCCUCCAUCAUGCUGCCCAGUAACGAUGAAAGAGCUCCAGCCUGGUUUGAGGACUUUGCCAACGGGCUCCUGUCAGCUCAGAAGCUCACCGCUGCCCUGAUUGUCCUGCACACUGUCUUCAUUUCCAUCACCCAUGUGCAUCGCACCAAGCCCCUGUGGAGAAAGAGCCCCUUGACCAACCUCUGGUGGGCCGUGACAGUGCCUGUGGUGCUGCUGGGUCAGGUGGUCCAGACAGCUGUGGACCUGCAGCUGUGGACGCACAGGGACAGCCGCAUCCACUUUGGCCUGGAGGAUGUGCCCCUGCUGACCUGGCUCCUGGGCUGCCUGUCCCUGGUCCUUGUGGUGGUCACUAAUGAGAUCGUAAAGCUGCAUGAGAUUCGGGUCCGCGUCCGAUACCAGAAGCGACAGAAGCUGCAGUUUGAAACCAAGCUGGGCAUGAACUCUCCCUUCUGAGCCACUGGCUGCGGUGACCAUAGUCGCCCUAGUCCCUGGGGCUAAAGCCAGACCCAUUUCUGAGUCUCGGGAGUUGGUAUCAUGAAUGUUUGUGGGUUUGCUCUUGCACCCUGUGGCACUGGAAGUCCAGCUCCCGGCGUCAGACCGCGCUGUCUUCCUGACCUCCGGGCUCACUGUGGAGCUGAGCUGGGCAGCCCCUGCCAGUCCCAGCUCUCCCCGGGGCCUUGCCAGGGCCACUCUUGAAUGUAUGACCUCAGGCACUUGGUAAGGGGCUCUUGACCCCCUCACCUGUGGGCUGCCCCCCUUCAGGGUCCCCUAACCGAGUGCCCUCUACUCUUGGGUCUGUGGGCAUGGCCUUGAAGCCAACCUUUUGUGGGUGUGUGACUGCAACGGCCAUAGAUGUGAACCACUCAAGGCCGGCUGCUGGGGGCAGGGGUGGUGGUACCAUCUCCUGAGGGCAGGGGCCUGGAGGUAGCCCUUCUGGGGGAGUCUCACACCUGCACCUGAAGAUGGAGCGAGGUCCCCACCUCGCCCUGAAGCCUCUUCUUGUGCCUGGCUUGAGCUGGCGCCAGUCUUGGGCCGUCCGGCCCAGGUCUCCUCAGCCCCUGCCCCAGUUCUCCUGUGAGCAGUUUCUACUGGUGUAUAUUUUCUACUGGAAAUGAGCCUUUUAGGAAUGAAUGUAGCCUGGUUUGUAUUAAAACUUGUAAAUGGCUUAAGAAAAACCUGUGGCUGGUCCAUGAGGCAGCCACAAAGGGGUCCUCCUACUCAAGGCUGCAGCCGCCGGGGGCAGCACAAAAGGUGAGGAGGGGCGGGCCCAGGCCUUCCUCCUCCACAUAGGCAAGUGCCCCUUGGAUCUGGCUUAGUUAGCUGAGACCCCUGAGCUCAGGGGUCCAUGUCACAGAGGCAGACACACAGCUGAGUUGUAUGGAAUGACGCUUUCAUUGGUGUUAGUUGGGGGAAGAGGUUAAUGGUUACAGGGCUGAGGCCUGGGCCACCCAGGUCGGGCUUCCAGCCCUGAGGUGGGCAGUGGGCACUACUGCUGUGGUCCAGACUCCCCCCACUGCGCCCUCUCAGGCAGUUAAUAGAUAGAAUAAAUUCCAUUUAUAAUA